UUGAAACGGACGGGCGUAGAGAUUAAGGACAAGUAUUCGUGAGACAACAUGAAAUCACAACACAAAUUAGGUAUACAACGAAUGGAAAGAGUCACAAUAUUUAAACUUCCUUAGUUGGGGUAUUUCAACACAAAGGUUAACCCCCCUUAAUUGGACAAGGAAAAUACAGGGUAUUUCAACACAAAGGUUAAGCUCCAAUUAUUCAACACAAAGGUUAGCCCCUUAACUGGACAAGGAAACUAUAAUUUAUUUGAAUUGAUAAUACCAUUUGAUUUUGACUCUAUCUUUACUCGGAACGUGUAAUAAUUUUUACCGCCUAUAUAAAAUUUUAUAUCUUCCCCCAAUUUUCACCCUUUUUCCACCGACCGGACUCACUUAAAAAAAUUCCAAUUUGACACCAUAACUGUGUGUGGAUGCCUCGAGUGAGUGAAGAAGAUUAACCAACACAAACCCACCACGAUACUUAGAUCCUCGAUCACACAACGGCUCAUGAGUUUUCUAUGAUUGGAUCUUGAAUAAAAACGAUAUGGGUCAUCUGAAUCUCCCCUCCUCAAAGCGCAACAACAACGCUCGGCAAUGGCGUUUGCUGGACAUAGUCACUGCCAUUUUCUUCGGGGCGGUUCUGAUUUUUUUCCUUCUUGUGUUUACCCCAUUGGGCGAUUCCAUGGCUGCGUCUGGGCGGCAGACGUUGCUCCGUACCUCCAUGGGUGCGGCCGAUCCGCAGCAAAGGGCCCGGCUUGUUGGCCUGAUUGAGGCCACCGGCAAUCCCGCCAUUGAUGGUUGCCCAGCGGAAAUGGUGGAUCAUAUGCCCUGUGAAGAUCCCAGGAUCAAUAGCCAGCUUAGUAGAGAUAUGAAUUUCUACAGGGAGAGGCAUUGCCCUGCUCCUGAGGAAACUCCCCUUUGCUUGAUUCCUCCUCCCAAAGACUACCGCGUCUCCGUUCAGUGGCCCGAGAGUUUGAACAAGAUAUGGCAUGACAACAUGCCUUACAACAAAAUAGCUGAUAGAAAAGGUCACCAAGGAUGGAUGAAAAGGGAAGGUCCUUACUUUAUCUUUCCUGGAGGUGGGACUAUGUUUCCAGAUGGAGCAAUACAAUAUAUUGAAAAACUUAAACAGUAUAUUCCAAUCGCUGGUGGAGUUUUGAGAACAGCUCUUGAUAUGGGAUGUGGGGUUGCCAGUUUUGGUGGUUAUCUACUUGGUGAGGACAUUUUAACUCUUUCAUUUGCUCCAAGAGAUUCACACAAAGCACAGAUACAAUUUGCUUUGGAAAGAGGAGUACCAGCAUUUGUCGCCAUGCUUGGUACUCGCAGGCUUCCAUUUCCUGCAUCCUCAUUUGAUCUUAUGCAUUGUUCUCGAUGCUUGAUUCCUUUUACUGCCUACAAUGCGACAUACUUCCUUGAAGUUGAUAGAUUACUUCGUCCAGGAGGAUACUUAGUCAUCUCUGGUCCUCCUGUACAGUGGCCUAAACAGGAUAAGGAAUGGGCAGAUCUCCAAGCAGUGGCCAGAUCAUUGUGUUAUGAGCUCAUCGUAGUGGAUGGGAACACUGUAAUCUGGAAAAAGCCUGUGGAUUUAUGUUCUUUAAAUCAAAAUGAAUUUGGGCUUAAUUUUUGUGAUGACUCUGAUGACCCAAACGUUGCAUGGUACUUAAAAAUGAAGAAAUGUAUUAGCAAGUCUUCUAAUGCGAAGGCAGAGUCCGUUGGAACAGUUCCAAAAUGGCCAGAAAGGUUGAUCAAAGCUCCUUCACGUGCCAGUUUGGUUAAAAAUGGAGCUGAUGUGUUCGAGGCUGACACUCGGAGGUGGGCAAGGAGAGUUACCUACUACAAGAAAUCAUUAAAUUUGAAACUUGGUACUUCAUCUGUUAGAAAUGUCAUGGACAUGAAUGCCUUAUUUGGAGGCUUUGCUGCGGCAUUAUCAUCUGACCCUGUCUGGGUUAUGAAUGUUGUUCCUGCUCGCAGUCCCUCUACACUUGGAGUCAUCUAUGAUAGAGGCCUUAUUGGAAUGUUUCACGAUUGGUGUGAACCAUUCUCCACAUAUCCUCGGACGUAUGAUUUCAUUCAUGCUGCUUCAAUUGAAUCUCUCAUAAAGGAUUCUAGUACUGGGAAGAUGAGGUGUAACCUUGUUGAUUUGAUGGUUGAAAUCGAUCGGAUCUUGCGACCAGAAGGGACAGUUGUGAUUCGAGAUUCACCUGAAAUGAUUGACAAAGUGGGCCGUGUAGCUCGUGCAGUUAGGUGGACAUUUACUGUGCACGAAAAAGAACCUGAAACACACGGGAGGGAGAAAAUUCUGGUUGCGACGAAACAUUUAUGGAAGCUGUCUUCAUAAUUUGGAACCUGAAACACAUGAGACAGGAUUUUGCUGUUCUCCAUGUAGCAUAGGAAUCUUCAAAUCGUUUCAACUGUUAGUUUUCUGUUUGGUAUCAAUUUAUCUAUAGUUGCCUUUGUAUUGUCUUCAUUUCACCGAACCUGCAAAAAGGGCUAGCCGCUAGAAUUGCAAGUGUAUAAAGAUAACAGUAUGUAAGGAGAACAGUCCCUUGAUGAUGGUCGUAACUUAUAGUCAUAGCUCUAGGUUACUACAGGUAAGAUGUGUAUUAUGAGGUUUCCACUGCACUCUGAAAUUUUUGACUUUUUUUAAGAAAAUUUUUUAUUUUCAUAUUUUAGAAAAGAAAAACUCUUUUGUUGUGGUGGUGGUGGUAUUUGCAUUUCAGCCUUUUCAGGUUUCAAUUUCAUACCCA